AGGUAAGCCUGCACUUUAUUGAUCCAGUCAAAACAAAUUCAAUGGUUGCUGCUAACUGUGCCCCAAUAUUUACACUUCAUGAUUCAUCAUUUUAAAAGGGAGUCAAUAAGCAACUAAUGUAUUGCGACAUUUACAAGAAGACAGAGGACCUGGUGCAGCUCAAACAUCCAAGGGGAAAUCAUAUAGACAGGUGAGGCAUAAACUGAAUCAUGGAGAACCAAAGUUACGCUAAUCAGAAGAAAAAUGCUGAAAAACCAGUUGGUCAGUCACCAAGUGGCCCAACAAUGACACGUGCAGUACUUCCACCAAUAAACAUCACACCUGGAUUGCAUGGGACACAGCAAUCAAUGAAUCAAGCAUCAAUACCCCAGCAGCCAGCAUAUCCAACACAACCCCAAAUGGGAUAUGUACCACCAAGAGCUGCAUACACAGUGCCACCUACUGUUGCCCAACCAUAUGACCCAAAUCCCGAUUACAGCAAUGGUCCUAGGCCAGCAUGGGCCCACAAUUGCGCAUUGGUACUCAGCACUCUCCUCAUCAUUUCUGGUAUGAUCAUGUUCAUCAUGAACAUCGUUGGUUUGGUGGUGGGUGUCAAAUUUGCCGUAGGUGGAGCAGGAAUAUGGGGAGGCCUAUUCAUGAUACUCACUGGAGGAAUUGGGGUAUGCGCAUCAAAAACAAAAACAACCUGCAAAAUUGUUAGCCUGAUGGUCCUUGCUAUUCUACUUGCAGUGUUUAGUUUCUGUAUAUUUGGCGCUCAUGUUUCCGGCACCAUAGUGGCAUCUAUAGGUAACUGGGAUUACAUGGAUAAAGAAUAUCCAUAUCACUAUGACGACUUCGAUGAUUACAUGCCAUCACCAUCACGCGAAUAUAUAUAUGAUUAUAACUGUACACAUCCUUAUGAGACUGUAAAUGGUGUAUACUGUGAUGGGUUUACAGCAUACAGAGAGGUGUAUCCUGAGACUGCUAAGACCAGUCCAAUUAGAAAAUAUGUGGAUGAUGCCAAACCAGCUGGACAAGGUAUAAGGAUCGCUUUCAAUGCAACUAUGACAAUAUUUGCUCUUAUAGUAUUUGUAGCAUGUAUCGUGGCAUCUGCGUUAUCCUGCCGUGCAGUGUGCUGCCGAUCUCGGUCAAACGUGAUUCAAGUUGUGUAUGUUCCUGCUACAGGCUCCUGUCAGAUGAAUCCUAUCUCACAGGGAAACAACCUCCAGGUUGUCUCUGUUGCUCCACAUGGCCAGCUUCAACCCCAGUAUGUUCAGAACCAAGGAAUGGUACAAUCGCAGAACAUGGCAUUCUCUCCGCAGAAUGCAGCCAUUGAUUACAACCAGGUUAAGCCAAAUGAAACAGGUGGACAGGCUAGGAAUGCAACUGGAGGGGAUAGUCCUCCACCUGCUUAUGAGCCUUAUGGGAGAAAUGAAAUAACUGCUGUUGAGGACUAAUAGAUUCUCAUUUCAAGAUUUCACUAUACAAUAAAACCUGUACAUUUGAACACUUCCUUCAUCUGGACACCUCUCAAUAUGAACACUUUGAGGACAAACAGAUUCUCAUUUCACUAUACAAUAAAAAGCCUGUAUAUCUGAACACUUGCUUCAUCUGAACACCUAAAAACUUUAAAUAUGAACACCUGCUAAUCUGAACACUUUUGGCUGCUCCUUAGUGGCAUUCUGAUUAGACAGGAUUCACUUACAGUUGUACAUAACAACAACCAAA